CCGAGAGCAGCGCUCAGGGAGGCUCUGGGCUCCUCUUUUGCCCGCCUGGGCUCGGCCGGGGGGCUGCCAGUGCUGUGUUGCCGGUGCCCGGGUGCUGGCGCCGGUCCCAGGAGCCACACAGCUCCUUUUUAGGGCCUUUUAGCGUGGGGGCGAACCGGGCGCCUUUUCCCCCUUUUUCCCCCACCGCUCCUGAUGUACAGAGCGAGGACUUGCUGAGGAGGGUGCUCGGAGAAAGGCCGGCCAGGGUCCCCCUCCUCCCUGAACGCGGGUGUGCUCUGCAGCAGCAGCAGCAGCAGCAGCAGCGGGGAGGGCGCGAAGCAGCCCCCGCAGCAUGGCCCAGGAACAAAAAAGUGAAGAACGAAGUAGAGAUGUGAGAGGCAAUAGAGCAGAAGACUAUGUUGAAUCACUGCUCACUGAUGCCUUUAAAGGGAAGGGGUUUCAAAAAAUACAUGAACUGAUUCAAGAGAAGGAAGUAGAGCCUCCCCAGAAAUACAGUGAAUCUCUCUUUAACCAGCUGGACAAAGCACUGAGAAAGGAGCUGGACAAGAAUGAAUUUGAGAAUGUUUCUCUGCUGCUGAAAUGUAUUCAGCUCUACCUUAAAAGUGAUUUUCAAGAAGGGAAGAGCUUAUUCAUUGAGCAAGGACUGGUAGCAAAGAUGAGUAUAAUACUGCACACAAGUUACUAAUGUGAUUAAAGGUUCUUUAAGAAAAAGAGUUCCAAGGAAGUGAAAACUAGAGGAUGGCUUGUUGGUCACACAGAAACAAAAUAUUUUUUCUAGUGUAUUGCAUGAACUGAGUGGGGGAAAAAUGCUUGCUCUCUUUUGUUGAUUUUUGGUGUAGCAGCCAAUUCUAUGGCUCCACUUAUUACCUGAUUUAAAGGGCUGGGUUUUGGGAUUUUUUUAAAGCUGAUAGUGUAAGGAGAGGAUGGGUUGCUAUGAGUUCCAUUAGUGAAAUGGUAUAGACUUUCUAAAUGCAUUUUAAAUGUUCCAGCAAAAUGUAGUUUUAGUAAU